ACUCGUCUCGAUAGACAGCCUUCCUUGUGCUGACUUCAUUUACGACCCUUUAAGGCCCAUCACACAUACUUUCAGCCCACAAGACCGAACUGCCUGGGCUAUAACCCAUUAACUUUGCACACCCAAAGCGUAAGUUAGCAUUACCGGCUUACCAUAAUUAAGUCGUCACGCAAAACACUCCAGUAUUUAUACACAAAAACCCUCCGAAGGGGAAGGGCGAGGGGGAGAAAGAGAGAUCAUAAUUUUCAUUCACUUUUCCCUCUCUUUCUGUUUUUUAAAGCAAAGAAAUCUCAAAUUCUCUCAGAUCGAAACCAUUGUUAUCGGAGAAGAAAGAAAGAGAAGUUAGAGAAAAUGCCGAGGGAAAUCAUCACACUGCAAGUGGGACAAUGCGGGAACCAGAUCGGAAUGGAGUUUUGGAAGCAACUCUGCCUCGAACACGGCAUUAGCAAAGAAGGCAUUCUCGAAGAUUUCGCCACUCAGGGAGGAGACAGGAAAGAUGUAUUUUUCUACCAAGCUGAUGACCAACAUUAUGUUCCGCGAGCUUUACUAAUGGAUUUGGAGCCCAGGGUGAUUAAUGGUAUUCAAAACAGUGAAUAUCGUAACCUAUACAAUCACGAGAAUGUAUUCAUUGCUGAUCAUGGAGGGGGUGCUGGCAAUAAUUGGGCCAGUGGAUAUCAUCAGGGUAAGCAGUAUGAGGAGGAUUUGAUGGACAUGAUUGAUAGAGAAGCAGAUGGAAGUGAUAGUCUUGAGGGUUUUGUUCUGUGCCAUUCAAUUGCUGGGGGAACGGGCUCAGGUAUGGGUUCAUAUCUAUUGGAGACUUUGAAUGAUCGCUACAGCAAAAAACUUGUUCAGACAUACAGCGUGUUUCCUAAUCAGAAUGAGAUAAGUGAUGUGGUGGUCCAGCCGUAUAAUUCCCUCUUGACACUCAAGCGACUAACACUGAAUGCUGAUUGUGUUGUGGUCCUUGACAAUACUUCCCUUAAUAGAAUUGCUGUGGAGCGUCUACAUAUUACAAAUCCUUCUUUUGCCCAAACAAAUUCUUUAGUUUCUACUGUAAUGUCAGCUAGCACAACAACAUUGCGUUAUCCAGGAUACAUGAAUAAUGACUUGGUUGGACUUCUUGCUUCUUUGAUCCCAACGCCAAGAUGUCAUUUUCUAAUGACCGGGUAUACACCACUCACGGUGGAGCGCCAGGCCAGUGUGAUUCGUAAAACAACCGUACUAGAUGUGAUGAGGAGGCUUCUUCAGACAAAAAAUAUUAUGGUUUCCUCUUGUGCUCGAACAAAAGAAGCUAGUCAGGCGAAAUACAUAUCGAUAUUAAACAUCAUUCAAGGAGACGUAGAUCCUACUCAGGUCCAUGAAAGUUUGCAGAGAAUACGUGAAAGAAAGCUAGUUAAUUUUAUUGAAUGGGGCCCUGCAAGCAUUCAGGUUGCUCUAUCUAGAAAGUCUCCUUAUGUUCAAACUGCUCAUAGGGUCAGUGGUCUUAUGCUGGCAAGUCAUACUGGUAUCCGCCAUCUAUUCUCCAAGUGUUUGAGCCAGUACGAGAAGUUGAGAAAGAGGCAAGCAUUUCUUGACAAUUAUAGGAAUUACCCAAUGUUUGCUGACAAUGAUCUUUCAGAGUUUGACGAAUCUAGAGACAUAAUUGAGAGUUUGGUUGAUGAAUAUAAGGCCUGUGAGUCUCCAGAUUACAUCAAAUGGGGUUUGGAGGAUCCAGACCACAUUCUAACAGGAGAAGGAAAUACUACAGGGACAGUGGAUCCAAAGUUAUCACUGUGAAGUAACCAAGUAUGUUACAAUCAUUUACUGGAAUUUCACCUGAGAUUUAUUGUUACCUUCCAAUUUGAUCAAAUUUAAGCGUAUAUCACUCACUUACCACAUCUGCUUAUCCUGAAUAAGCUUUACUGGCUGGAUAUGAUGUGGAGAAGUAGGAAUGAUUUACCAUUUCUUCAUGGUUUUGCCCAAUGGCUGACUUUUUACGUAGUUCUCUGCAGUUCGUUUGUCCUUAAAGUUUUCUUUCAUAGGGCAAGAUAUUUGAUUGGUUUACAAAACUUGAUAACCGUUCAGUUUCAAGUCUAAAGAGUAUAAAAUUUUCUAAUAUGGUAAGAAUGUUAGGGGAGUGGCUUGAUCACCUUUGAAAUGUUAAGGAUAAGAAGAACAUCCAAAAUUGACUUGGAUUGAGAGAGUGAAAGAUGUUAUGAUUUUUUGUUAUGUAACAGAAAGUUUGGCAUCUAGCAAAGUUAAAUAGCGAGACAGGGUUCAAUGCAGCCAAUGGUAAGUAGCUGAAUAAGUCUUUAAUAGAUUUGGGUUUAGUUGGAAAGUAUUUAUAUAUUUAUUUUUUAAGAAAAGGAGAGAAUUUUAUUAAUGAAAAAUAUCAAAAAAUUACAAGAAGCAGCAAACUGAAACUGUUAAGUAAACAGUAACUGUUUUAACAAAACAAACAGUAUACUGUACAAAAGAGAAAAUUCUGUAACCAAAAAACAGCUUCUGUACGGUAACUGCUAUAUUAGUUUAGUUGGAAAGUAUUUAUUGGCUAUUGAUCACUGCUAUAUUUCUAGAUUAAUAAAGUUGUUCCACAUGGACAGUUUGGCCGAAGCCCAAAUUAAUUAGGCAACCUUAAUUCAAAGUAAUUAAGUUUAUGCUACCAUAUCCUCGUUUUUGCUUCAAAUAAGCUUUUAGGUGCAGCACAUACAUCACUCCAAAAUUUGUUAAUAAUGCUUUAUUUCUUUCUACCAAGUCAAGGAGACUCUGUAUACUGGGACUACUUGUUUUGUGAUGUUCUUACAUACAGGUUCGGCAUAUAGUUGCCUGUAUUCUGUUUUGUUAUGAUUCCUGGAAGCUUUUACUUGUGACUAACAAUCAAAAAUCAGAAUGCUGAAUUGUUUUGAAAUUUACUCAUCACAGGCUAUGGCAUCUGGUGCUUAUUAUUCACAGCAGAUUGAAGACAGUAAAGUAGGUCGUGUUUAUAUUUGAUUCUUGCCUUGUUGAACACUGUAUGAUAUUUAUACAAGAUAAUGUUUUGUUUGGUCCAUUUUCAGUAAAAUUCUUGUGCAUCAGAGGAAAUGAAAACAUAUUUUCAUUGUAUAUUAGUGUUCCAAUAAUUUCCUAUAUUUAAAAUUUGACAGACCCAAAAUGUGGAAAAUUGCAAGUGAUGGUGAAUCAGGAGUUAGAUGGCCUGCCCAUUGUUGACAUGUGCGCAUAGACUGGCAUGUUAUGUGGUCCCAUCUGGAUUGGGGCGGACAAUAGUCUAGUAUGUUUUCCAUAAUGUCAUUGUUUGUAAUUAGAAUAAUAAUAAUAAUAAGCUAUGUUAUGGUGCCUGCAUGUGCUGUGUUUCUUAGUUAAGGGGUUGCAUGUGUGGUCAUAGUGGUUGAUGGUGAUGCUUUUCCGGACAUAUCAUACAUCUGUCAGUUGUGUAUUUGUUUAUGUAAGAACUUAUGAGUGCAAUAAAAUCUUAGGAAUGAACCUUGCUAG